AUGGGCGAGGUGUUUUCCUCAGACAUAUCUUCCACUACUGAGGUCUCGGGCGGACUAACAACAACCUUACCUCUACCUCCUUCGACGUCUGUUGCGAUACCUCAAUCGUCUGAGUCUGCUCAAAGUUCAGUCGCCCCCAAACAAUCCUCGACCUCGUUCAUGCCCAGCUCUUCACCGAGCCCGUCCGUACAAUCGUCUAAAAACCUUGCAGUCACUGCACCAGACAACGCUGCUCCCACCACGAUGACCUCCGUUUCCCCUACUUCACCCAAACCGGCAGCUUCUUCGGGCGGUGAAUCCGGUUCACCAUCUCCUUCACCCUCCAAGCCCGCAGAUGGCUCUGUGAAAUCGAGCGCAACCCCCACCAGCAUCAAAUCUUCCGUCAAAGUUGCGUCGAGUCCGCCUCCCAGACCGACAGCACCAACUACUAAAGCGCCCGCUGAAUCCCCGGUCAAGUCUUUUGCGGCGACAAGUACAAUCACCGACACACCGGAUUCAACCCUUCCGAGGCCAAGCUUUAUCUCGGUCACCGACUCGAAUGGGAAGACGUCGUCCACUGCACCAGCCUUCUUCACCAUCCUAUCGACGUCCACCGAGCCUAAUGGGUCCCUUGUCACAUUUACCCACAUUGUUGCUAAUCCUACGGGUGGCCUAAGCCAGGCAAUUGGGCAGCCUGCAGGAUUUUUCCAUAAUACCGGUGCUGUGGCUGGGGUUUUUCUCAUCGUUGGAGCGAUUCUAACUGGGCUUGUUGUCUUUGGCUUGUUCAUUCUCUGUCGGAAACAUCGGCGUCGACGAGAACAACAUCGGAGAUGGCUUGUCAGCAUGCAUCGCCCACGCCCCUUAUCUGAUAAUGACCCAUUCGUGAAUCCGGAUAUGCGCAGUUUUGAUCGCCCUUGGGAUGGUCGUGUUUCGUCCGCUCAAGGUCAUUACACGGUGGCGCCGCCGCGUCGCGUCGAGCCCCCAGUUCUCUAUUAUGCUCAGGAGGAAGACAACCGUCCUUUCCCCCCAGAGAAGCCGCAAAUGGGUUUGGCUAUCACGACUGAAGACGCACCAGUACCUUCCGCCCAAUCGAGUCCUUCAAUCUACCCGGCUACUCUACCUCCCACCAAUGAGGAAGACACGUUGGAGCCUAUUCCGCCCCCAAUACUGUCGCCGCCACCUAGACCUCGCCGUUCCCACCUACGAGAUUCGUCUAGGGGGCAUCUUAUCACACCCCCAUCCUCCAUCUCUUCCCACAGCCCGGUUUCGGAUGCGGCUAACCCGUUUACUACCGACAGCGAGUCGACUUCGUUCCAACACGGAGCCGUCCAGCUUACCGAAAUCAUGGGAAGACGAACCCUGCUAGAUGUUCGGCCGACGAGCCCAGCGAGCACUGAAGGACAACGCCGAUAA